AUGACAGAGGCCAGAUAUGCAUCCAUGCCAGCGGUGCCGGAUUCGAGUCCUUUGAGAAUCCUGUCCGCCUCUUUCGCCUAUCCAAUCACCUUCACCUCCACCUCUCCGUCUGGUUCGCCUAAUCUGGUUCUCCGGGUUGAAGAUGCGACCUCCUCGGCCGAGGUUUCUGUUUUUGCAAAACCCGACGUCCCAUGUUCCCCCGCAGUGUUGAGAGUGCUUUUAGUCUUUGAACUGAUGCUGGGAGUCCUUAUCUCCGUCUGCAUGUCAGGCCUGUUGCCCAUCGGAACUUGGCUGUCUUGGCCACCAGAGGCCUACUUCAGGCCAGUGAUUACUCCUAAAGAGGAGAAAGAAAUGUUCAACCUUCUACUGAAUUUCAUCGAGCUGGUUGAAGCCGCCCAACUCCCGUAUCUGGCAACUGGAGGCACAAAAAUCGGUCUUCUACGACACCACAGCAUAGUGCCUUGGGACGAUGAUAUUGGUAGGUUGUAA